CGCACGCUCCCUCGUGGCCCGCCCCGCGGCCGCUCGGCCAAUAGGAGCCGGGCGGGAGGGAGGGCGCAGCGGUGACAACGCCGCCCUCCCGGGAUACCGGAGGGGCGGGAACACGCGCCGGGGGGUGUGGAUGAGGGAAGGGGAGAGGAAAAAAAAAAAAAGAAAAAAAAAAAGGGAGGGGGGUGGAGUGCGCACGCGCAAUGCUCGCCGCGCGAGCAGAAAAUGGAGCCGCGUUCUGGCGGGACAGGACUAUGUUUCCCGGCAGGCUCAGCGGCAGGCGGCGGUAUUCUGCUCCUCCCUGGGGCUGAGGCGCUGGCGUGCUGCUGCCGUGUUCUACAGCCCUAGCGGGCUGAAGCGGCGGAAAGAGCCGGGAGCGAAGCUCUCCGGACCGACGCGUCCCCGCCCUCCCCGGCCGAGGCAGCCGAAAGAACCGCGGGUGGCCGCGCGCAGCCGGCGCCGCCCCUUCGGGGUGGUGCUCCGAGGCACGGGGGGCUGCGCCUCAGCGCUCCCGCCCUGUGAAAUGCAGCGGCGCGGGGCCGUGCGCGUUGCUCUUCGCUGAGUGCGGAACGCGGCGCGCUUUUCUCCCCGCGCGUGCCGCGGGAAGACGUCACCGCCGCUGCGGAGCGCUUUAAUCUCCUUUUUCUUUCAGUGGUCACGGCCCGCGCGUUGCCAGGACGACAGCCUUGCUGCCGGGAGGAGGGCUGCGGGCGGGCGGGCGCUGAAGGGAGGGAUGGGAGGCCGCUGCGUCUCGGCUCUCGGGGGAAUGUGCUCGUGUUUACCUGGAAUUUCCUCUCGCGGCGUGCCCGCGGUCGCCCGAAGAUCUCCUGUUUCUGUUAGGAGAGGCGGAGAGGGCCUGGAAAAACUGACCCGGCUCUCGCGAAGCAAAACAAACGCUCGCCGUCUGAUUUUCUUAAAACGUCACCGGCAAUCCCCUAAUUGAGGGGACUGACUCACGGUUUCUAAGCCCAGACCUGCCGGUGCGGUUGUGCGUUAGGCGCUGCCGUUCUGCUGGCUGCCGUGUGGGGCACGGGAAGGGACUCCGCGCCCGCCCGGCCGUUCUGCGGCUGCCGUCGGCGUAGUGCCCAAGGAUUGUGUUUCUGAGGGGUCUGUGAGGAUGGCAGCCCUUCACCCCUUCCUGCUGGCAGCCCUGCCCCGGCAGAGGUUGGAGCUGGAUGGUCUUAAGGCCCUUCCCAGCCCGAGAGCGCUAUGAUUCUAUUAUUUCACAGGGCGGCUUCUUGUUUCCUGAAGAUACGUUUAAGUUCUCGGUUCUUCCCCUGGUUUUCUGUUUCUGUGAAUUGCUGUGCUUGCUGAAGCAGACGUUGCUCAUCUGAGCUCUUACGUAAGUUACUAUGAGUACUACAGCAUCCAGGCAGCGCUCCAAGCCGGCGUUCCUGGCCCCGCGCGUUCUGACUUACAGCGGCAUUGAGAGAGUUGUGCAGUGGCAGCAGCAGCCUGCAGGCACCACAACUGGAUCGCUGGCUCCACCUGGGCAGUCGCAGCCUCCUUCGCUCUUGCCUUGAAGAAGCUGAGCUGCUGUCAGCGAUUAAAGGUGGUUAACAGACCCCGGUAGCAUAAGAACCGGAGCCGAUGUUGUAAUGUGGUAGAAACCAGGCGUUUAACAAGAAUAUAGGUGAAUCCCAGGGAGAGCCAUUCUUACAAGAAAAGCCACAGCCAUCCUAGACACACAGGAGUAAUUAUACGUAGGUAGCUCUGAAAGUAAUGUCUCCUGUUAAUUUCCAUGGAAACUACAACAGGUGCAAAGAGCACAAUAACGCUAUUUGAUAAAGCGAAUACUCAGCUACAAAUCGCCAUUUGAUUUUAAUAGUCACCACUGUUAGCUGUGCACUUUUGCCAUACAAACAAGCAAUCAGUUCCUAAACGUACCUGUUAAUUUGCUAAACAAGAAAUUCUAUCCCUUGUUAUAGGGAGGUGUAACUUCUAAGCAAGCUGUGGAAUGCUAAGCUUCAGUGACGUGCUCAAAAGCAGAUGGGUGUGGAUGCAUUGAGGAUGGAGAACUGUCACCUGCUGCAGGGGUGCUGUUUGCUCAGUCUUCUUCCAUUUGCCCUUUGGUGUGGGCCAGAAGAGUGACAGAAAAAGCAUUGCUGGGCUUUGCACCAGUCUUGCAGCAAGAGUAGGGCUGAGUUCCGAGAAUGUUUGGUAACUCCUUUCACAGUUCCUUCUCUGAGUUUUACAUCGGCCUUUUCCCUCUGAACUGAAGUAGGAAGAUGAGAUGGAAAACUUUGAGUGGAGUUUCAGUUCUUCUUUAUUAGAGGCACACUCCUUACAGUGACAAAGCAUGCACAAGCGUGGGGAAUGACUGCUGUGUGUCAGAGAAGGAAGAGAGUUGUGGGCUUUUGUGUUCUUCCUAUUUUCUGUACUUCAUAGGAGGAUUGGUGUAUCUAAUGUUCCUCCUCCUGCUCCCAAGCUCCUUUGCUCUGAUUGUACAAAGGCUUUUCCUAUAUAGAAACCCAAUUUUAAGUUUUUUGAAAGUUCUGGUAACCAGAUCAACAGCUCAUACAGCUACCGUGUAACAUACUUUGUGUAUAUAAUAUGAUUCAUGUAACAUGAAUACUCCAGAAAUUGUCUCCAGAUCAUCAGCAUAACAUUCUGAAUUCUUAAUAUAAGCAGCAUAAAAUCCCAAACAUUCAAACAUGAAUGCAGAUAUUGAGGAUGUGUAAGGACUUCUGCCUCUUUUCUCUGCCUUAGUUGAGUAUUACUGCAUGAAGUACUGUGCAAUUGCUACUGCUGUGUCCCUAUUUACUAGAAAACAGUGUCUUCUGAUCAUUGGUCAUCAUACUUCAUAGGUACAGACAACUCAGAUGAAUUAUUCCUUCUGAUGAACUGCUGUUUUUUCUCCAUUUAAUAGCUUUAUCCCUCUCUUCUACAGUUACAUAUGGGUGGUUUUUGUUAUUUCAUUUUUCUUUGCUUUUGCUUGUUUUUUUUUUUGUUUUUUUUUUUAGGAGACUGUAUUCAUAGUCACCUUGGAGAUUAUAAUGACAUUUUACAACUCUAUUAUUUUUGCUUACAGCUGAAGGUUUAGAAACAAAGCAGCAGAAGUUUAACAUGCGAGAUGAGCAGGGUUGAGUUUUGCAAGCAUUAAGACAAACAGAGAAGUCACACUUCAGACUGUCAUCCAAUAGGUGCUGUCUGUGAGAGAUAUCUGCUUGUGUCAACAAGUGGUGUGGGAUUAAUGGAACUGUAACAUCUGGGUCACUGAGUCAGUCUCUCUGCUGCUUCCCAGAAAGAACUGACCUAACCUAGGCCUUUUGUUCUUUAAAAAGUACUGUAAUAGAAGAACAAGGAUUAAGCCCUGCUUAAGAAGAAAGGUAUUUCACUGGAUACAGCUGCUCAUCUCUGCUUGCCCUGGGACUGUUAGUCUCACUGCCCCACAUGUGUUUUCUGGCUGCUGCCAUUCACAUCUGCUGCACUUUAUGAGCUUAAACAGCACUGCAAAUUCUGACUGCAACCAGUGACAGUGCGCUGCAAGGCCAAGGCAGAAGAAAAUUCAGAUAAAAUGUGGAUCAAGGGGCUCAGAAUCCCACCGUGAUUUCCAGAGAUGUACCUCAGCAGCUGGAAACAUCAGACAGACACUGAUCUGGCCUCUGGCUGAGCUCAUACAUGCUCUCAGGACACGGUGACUGCAAUUUACUAUGGAGCUCUAAGAAGCAACUCAGUCCACUGCACUGGAUUUAACUCUUCUGCCCCUAUGGUUUGUAGUUUGUCUUCAUAAUCUUUUUCCUCUCUUCAUCUUCUCAGGAUCAGUUUUGAUUCUGGGCUAGAAUCAUUAUAGAGGGGCCACAGAUACCAGCAACGUGUUCCUGUGAACAUGUGCCAGAGAAACAGGUGUUAUUUAGUAUUGAUUUGGGCUCUCUGAAAGUACUCGGCACUGUACAGAACAAAGCAGACAACGGAGUUGAUGACAACUUCUAACAAGAUGUGUGCUGAACAGUGAAGACAUCUAAACCAGCUUGCUAUGGAAACUGAAAUAAUGGGCUUGUGAAGUGUACCAAGCAAAUGCUUACAAGGUUCCUUUGAGCUUCAUCCUCCAAGUUGCAAAACAGUAAGAUAGGUUUUCUUAUUUGAUCAAGAAGUUAGGAUUGUUCAAGAAGUAUUAUGGAAAGCAACUGCAUAUUAAGAAGAGAAACUGCCUGUCAGUGGUAGGGCUCUGUAUCUGAUACUGUGUAACUAAGUGAGGUAUAGGUAGACUGUGUGAAGAGAGAAAUUACUAUGAUAAUAAAAAAAUCAUAGAAUACCCUGAGUUGUAAGGAAUGGACAAGGCUCACCAAAUCCAACCCCUGGCUCCACGCAGGGUCACCCAGCAAUCAGACCACAAGAGAGGUGUCCAUACAGCCCUUGAAUUCCAGCACUGGAUGCCCAGAGCCCUGGGCAUCCCGUUCCGUGCCCACCGCCCUCCGGUGCAGAAUUUUUUCCUAACCCCCAGCUGCCCUCCCCUGACAGCUCCAUGCCGUUCCCUCGGGAAAGCAGCGAUCUGAAUGCUGUUGUUAAACACGAGAUACACCCAUGAAAGCCGUCUCCGACAGAUUCAAGAGGACACGACGUCUGUGAGGCAGGCAGCUCACCAGAGCCAGCGCGCAGCGUCUCCAUCCUGGCGGGCCCGCGGGACGCUUCGGCAGGCAGCACCGCGGGCUGCGGCACGUGGGGUAACCAGCUUCCAGGUUCCGCACAGACCGCCAGGACUCCUCCUGAAAGCGGCGCAGCCGAAGCAGCUCAGGGGCUGGCGCGCGGCAGGGAAAAUACGGCAUACAGUUGCGAAGUUCUUCCUCGUUUCCCUGGUACCUGCGCGGUUAAAACGAGCAGUAGCUUCAAAAGACUUCUAGCAACCGCGCGUGCGUUCCGUCGAACUUUUAUUCACUCCGGUCCCGCAGCUCAGAACUUCCAGAGCAGUGCGAGCACAGCUUCCCCUCAGCGCUCCGACCCAAGAACGGCUGCAGCGGGACCGCCCCGGGAGGCGCGGCGCCGCGGGCCCCUCCUCUUCCUGCGCCGCGGCUGUAGCUACCCCGCUCGCCGGCUGUCUCUCUGCACAGGCGGCGCGGCUGUAGCGGCGGGCUGUUCGUCGGCUUCUCCUCUCGCCCCCUCCCUCCGCUCGGAGAGGCGGGGCCGGCGGUGCGGCCAUGCUGCUCGGCGCGGCGGUCCGGCGGUGCCGGGUCGGCGGCGUCGUGGCGAGGCGUUGGCGGAGCGGGGAGGCGCGGCGGAGGGAGUGGGUGCCGCCGGAGGGCCGGGCGUGCGGAGUGGUGGCGUACAACAGCCGGAGCCGCAGCAAAGAGCCGCUGGUGCUGGCCAAGGACGGCGUGGCCACCUGGUACAGCUGCGGGCCCACCGUGUACGACCACGCGCACCUCGGGCACGCCUGCUCCUAUGUUAGGUUUGAUAUAAUCCGAAGGAUAUUGACUCGUUUUUUUGAAACUGAAGUUAUCAUGGUGAUGGGGAUUACAGACAUAGAUGACAAGAUCAUAAAAAGAGCCAAUGAGAUGAAUAUAUCGCCAGUAGCUCUUGCUCGUAUGUAUGAAGAAGACUUUAAACAAGAUAUGGCAUCAUUAAAGGUCCUUCCUCCGACAGUAUAUAUGAGAGUGACUGAAAACAUUCCUCUGAUAAUUUCCUUCAUAAAGACAAUAAUUGCUAAUGGACAGGCUUAUGCAACUUCACAAGGCAAUGUUUAUUUUGAUGUCAAGUCUUGGGGAGAAAGGUAUGGAGUAUUAACUGCUGUUUCUGCUGAUACACAAAGUGAAGCAGUUGAUACCGAUAAGCGGCAUGGUAGAGAUUUUGCCUUGUGGAAAGCUGCCAAACCUGGAGAGUUAUCGUGGAGUUCUCCCUGGGGAAAGGGAAGACCUGGGUGGCACAUUGAAUGCUCCACGAUAUCAAGUGCAGUGUUUGGAAAGCAGCUGGACAUCCAUACCGGUGGAAUAGAUCUCGCAUUUCCUCAUCAUGAAAAUGAAAUUGCGCAGUGCGAGGUGUAUCAUCAGUGUGAGCAGUGGGGGAAUUAUUUUUUGCAUUCUGGGCAUUUGCACGUUAAAGGAAGUCAAGAAAAAAUGUCGAAGUCAUUAAAAAACUACAUAACAAUCAAGGAUUUUCUGAAGAAAUUUUCCUCGGAUCAGUUCAGGAUGUUCUGUUUGCGCAGCAGAUACAGCUCAGCUGUAGAAUUUAGCGAUGAGACCAUGAAUGAUGCCAAGAACAUUCUCCAGGCAAUCUCCUCAUUUAUUAGAGAUGCAAAUGCUUAUAUAAAAGGACAGCUCGUGUGUGACCCUGUUAGAGAAGACCUACUGUGGGAAAGGCUGGCCAGCACAAAGGUAAACGUGAAAGCUGCGUUUGCAGAUGACUUUGACACCUCCAGGGCUGUUGCAGCAAUUAUGGACCUCAUUCACCAUGGCAACAGACAGCUUAAGGCUGUUACUAAGGAUGUUGGAUCUCCCAGAAGCUCGGUUGUGUACGGGAGCAUUAUUUCCUAUAUAGAAGGCUGCUUUAAUGCCCUCGGGAUGUCCUUUGAAGAAAGGCAGGUUGCAGUGGGAGGAGGAAAUGCAGCUCUGCUCUCAAAUGUGAUGGAUGAGCUUGUGAGCUUCCGCACAAAGGUUCGUAACUACGCUCUUGUGCUGCCAGAAGCCACAGAGACUGUGCAAAUGGAGGAAGGUGCCGUGGGAGCAAAAGGACCAAAACAAGAACAGAAAGAGAAGAGACGGCAGUUGAUGCAGGAGAGAAAACCCCUUCUGGAGGCCUGUGACAGCCUGCGUGGGGACCUGGCUGCCUUCGGAAUCCACAUCAAGGACAGAAGCACAGCUUCGACGUGGGAAAUGGCAGAAGGCAGGCGAGCAGAGCAGCAGGCUGAGGAGAAAAGCUGAGCCUUCAGUGCUGGACUUGUGGUUUAACUGCUGAGUUGUAAAUACUGCUACUAUCCUAAUAAAAUAUAAGGUGUAAUCUUUUCA